AUGCCAAUGGGUGAAGAAACAAAGUGCGAGAUCUGCUCGUCCCCGGCCGUGCAGAAGUGCUCGGGCUGUCAGAAUGUUCACUAUUGCUCGAGGGAGCAUCAGAAGCAGGACUGGAAGCUUCAUAAAUACGGAUGUAUACCAGCUAAAGUUAAACAAGACCCGAAGUUGGGGCGGUACCUCGAAGCUACCAGAGACAUCAAGUCUGGUGACAUAAUUAUGAAGGAAGCCCCUCUCAUUACAGGACCAGCGCAGGUGACACCACCAGUGUGCCUUGGCUGCUACAAGUUAUUAGAAGAAGGGAAAACGGUAUCCUGUUCUGAAUGUGGUUGGCCGUUCUGCUCAGAAGCCUGCACCAAAAAGGAAGUGCACAAGCCAGAAUGUCAUUUUACUCUGAAAAGAGGUGAAAAGGUGUCCAUCUCCACUUUUGGCGUACCUCAUCCAAAUUACCAAUGCAUUACUGUACUCCGGUGCCUGUAUCAACGGGAUCAUGAUGAGAAACUGUGGGGUAAGCUGCAGGCCCUGGAGUCUCACUGUGAAGACCGCAAGGACACGGACAAGUGGAAAAACGACAAAACAAUGAUUUCAGAUUUCAUCAUCAAGUUCUUCAAAUUAGAUGGGAUGUUUACUGAAGAGGAGAUCAUGAAAUGCUGUGGUAUUAUCCAGAUCAACGGACACGAGGUCCCACUCAUGGAGCCAGAUUACGUAGCAGUGUUUGACCGUAUCUCUAUGGCAGAACAUAAUUGCAGUGCUAACUGCAACAAGAGCUUCACUUCUACAGGGGAAAUCAUCCUGAGUGCCGGCGUAGACAUCGCAGCUGGUUCCCAUAUAUCGGUGUGCUACACGGAUUCGCUGUGGGGCACAGAAGCGCGUCGGCACCAUCUUGCUGACUCUAAGUUCUUCGAGUGCACGUGCCAACGCUGCUCUGACGUCACCGAGUUCGGCACCAUGUUUAGUGCAGUCAAGUGUAAGCAGAAGGACUGCAAGGGUUAUUUACUUCCUGACACCUUUAUUCUUCCCAUCCUGCACAAAACUAAAUCACCGGACCCUGAGACUAGGGGCUUGGACAAAAAGUUCUGGAAGUGCAACAGCUGCCAAGACGCUGUGUCUGAUGCUGUCAUCCAGCAGCUUUUGCAAGACAUCGGGCAAGAGUUGAAUGUUAUGCCUAAAGGAGACGCUGAUGCCUGCGAGAGGUUCGUAGACCAUUGCUCCAGCUAUCUGCAUCCCUCGCACUUCUAUAUGACUGAUGUAAGCCUGGCGCUGGCUCAGAUGAUCGGCCAGGAUAACAAGCUGGGUCUAGCAGAGGUUAGUGACGACAGGCUGCUACUUAAAACGCAGCUGUGCAAGAAGAUCGCCGACUUACUGGAAACCUUAGCUCCUGCCGAAAAUAGACUUCGAGGCUCCCUGCUGUUUGAACUGCACGCCGCGGUAGCGGAAACCGGAAGAAGGAAGUCUUUGACGGAUGGUCCGAUGGUUCUACUCGGAUAUGUAACCGAAUCGCGUAAGAUCCUCCAGGAGUCCGCGGCGCUGUUACGUCACGAACCACCAGAAUUGCCAGAAGGGCAAUUAUUCCGCCAGGCCAAGAUUAACCUCGUUCAGAUGGACGAGCUCAUUAGGAACCUGUCAUCGGCGCUACCAUCUCCUUUAUGA